UUUACCAUGUCACGAUGUACGCUCGAUAGCUGUGAGAACCUAACGACUUAUGCAGUCCUGGUACUUGUAUCUAUUGAUCGGCAGACUUAGAUGUAUGUUUUAUAUGGUAUAUGAACAUAAAGUGGUCGCGGAAGAGAUCAGUGUGGUUUUGACGUUGUGCCAGACAACAUGAGAGUGCUCGGUUUAAUAUUUUUGGGGCUAAACGUGGUGUUAGCUACGCAGCCUCCUUGCGUACUUCUUAAUGAUGGCAACAAAAUGCCCAUGCUUGCUCUGGGGACCGGCAGGGGCACCGCCAAAGAGACAGACACGCUAGAUGAUGUUCGCAACGCGGUGUUCUGGGCUAUCGAGGCGGGCUACCGUCACAUCGAUACCGCAGCUGUGUAUGGGGAUGAGGAGCAGGUUGGGCAAGGAAUAGCUGAUGCUAUUGCCAAGGGCAUUGUUACUAGAGACCAGCUCUUUAUUACAACUAAGCUAUGGAACGACAAACACGCUCGUGACCAAGUGGUCCCCGCCCUAAAGGAGUCCCUCUCCAGACUGGGCUUGGAAUACGUUGACCUUUAUCUCAUUCACUUCCCCAUCUCUACUAAGGCUGAUGGAUCUCCAGACAACAUCGAUUACCUAGACACGUGGAAGGGUAUGGAGGAAGCGAAGCAGUUAGGUCUGACCACAUCAAUUGGAGUGUCUAACUUUAACAUCUCACAGAUUGACAGGUUGCUAUCAAACAGCAACGUGCCGCCUGCUGUUAACGAAUUUGAGGUAAACCCCACUCUAACCCAGGAACCACUAGUCCACCACUGCAUGUCUCACAACAUAGCUGUGAUGGCGUACAGUCCAUUCGGUUUCCUGGUCUCCCGCAGCCGUCCUGAUGCUCCCCCUCCAAGAUAUGACGACCCAACGAUCGGUGCCAUCGCUGCCAAAUACGGCAAGAGUCCUGGACAAGUUGUUCUCAGAUUUGCGCUCAAAGCGUAUCUGCGAUAUGGUAAGCGUCAGUCCCGUCCCAUCGUCAGCAAGAUGAAGUUCAUUGUAAACACGGUCGCCUUCUUCGCACUUUUUCAUGUCAUAUCCGGAUUGGCAGGGAAGGCUCCCACUAAAACAUUGAACGAUGGCAACCAAAUACCUACGCUGGCUUUGGGAACUUAUGGUUUCGAUGAUAUCCCAAGAAUGCGCCAAGCAGUUAACUGGGCUAUAGAAGCUGGAUACCGCCAUAUUGACACAGCAGCUCUUUACGAGAACGAAGAGGAGAUCGGGAAGGGUAUCAGCGAUGUUAUCAAACAAGGGCUUGUGAAGAGAGAAGAUCUUUUUAUCACUACUAAGCUCUGGAAUGAUAAGCAUGCUCAUGACCAAGUCGUGCCGGCUCUGCGAGAGUCCCUCUCCAAGUUGGGACUAGACUACGUCGACCUGUACCUCAUUCACUCGCCUGAAGCUACCAACGCUGACGGUUCUCCCGCUAACAUCGACUUCUUGGACACCUGGAAGGGAAUGGAAGAAGCCAAGAAACUUGGCCUAGCCAGGUCCAUUGGAGUGUCUAACUUCAACACUGAACAAAUCGAUAGGAUCAUUAAGAACAGCCUGAUUGUGCCAGCCGUCAACCAAAUUGAGGUACACCCCUCAUACUCCCAAGAAGAGGCUGUAAAGGACUGCUUUGAGCGCAACAUAGCUGUAAUGGCAUACAGUCCUUUAGGUUUCUUCGUCUCUAGAGGUCAAAAUGGAAAACCAGGCAAGGAUGACCCCAAGAUUUUGAACAUUGCCAGGAAAUACAACAAGACCGUUACCCAAGUCGUUUUGCGGUACUUGUUGGACAGAGACCUGAUCGUUCUUCCAAAGUCUACCAAGAGACACCGCAUUGAAGAAAACAUUAACGUCUUUGAUUUCCACCUGACUCCUGAGGAGAUGACCGUGAUGAAGAGUUUCAACACAAACACCAGUAUUUUUGACUAAAUCCCUUUAUAAUUAUGAGUCUUCCCCGA